AUGAAGUAUAAUAUAUACCCAUUGUCAAUUCUUUCUAUAACUGAUCAUUAUACAAGAGUUCUUAGAAAUGAAGAAAGUCGGAUGAAUGAAAAAGUUUUGAAAGACAAAAAUAUUAAAGUAUUUGGUUGUAUAUUUGGUAAAAUAGAAAAUAAUACCGUUGGCAUAUAUAUGUCACUAGAGGGAUGCUCCGUUACUGCUGAUUAUAUUACAGAGUUUAUUAAAAGAAGAACUGAGGAUUAUAAUAAAAUUUUUAAUGAAUUUGAAUGUUUGGGGCUAUAUUUUACGGGAAAUGAUGGUGAGGUAGAUAUUUUUGAAUCAAGAACUUUUGAUCAGAUAAAUAAUGAAUUAUUUUUUGGCAAAUUAAAAUAUAUAUUAAAAUACAAUCCUAUUGAAAAUAAUGUAUAUAUUGAUAAUAUGAGGAAACUUCCAAUGACAUUAUAUGAAAAAGUACCAGAUCCAGAGAUUGUUAUUCUUCAAUGUCCUCUUAAUGUUGUCUUUUCACCAACUGAAAAAACUGUAAUUAGUGAAAUUAUAAAAAUUGAUUGUGAUGGUAUUACAGCUUGGAAGGAGGAUAGAAUAAGAAAUUUACUUGCUUACAAAAAUUCUUUACUUAAAGAAAAAUGCACAAUCAAGAAUGAAGAAAAAAAAGAAAAUGAUACUUGUGUUCAGAUGGACCAGGAUUUAUUAACCAAUCAAUACAAACCUGAUGAAGAAAUGCUUUUAAAAGAAAUUUUUCAAUUAUCCGAAACAUUUAAUGGUGAAAUGAAUAAAGAAGAUGUUGAAGAAUCAAUAGAAGCUAUUAAAGAUGCUGAAAUUUCAUUACUAUUUACAAAAAUUAUAGAAGGAACUGAAAGUUUAUGUGACUUCAAUUCCUUGAUAAAAUCAAUUUCUACUACAACUGGUGUUAAAGGUUUAAACUGUGUUCCAGAUCGUAACUGUUUUUAG